GCAGGACCAAUACUUACUCCUGGGUGGAAAUACUGGGAAUGAGAGAAAAGUGGCAAUGGGAAGCUAAGGGAUCUUCCCUCCUGGUAGGAGGUUCUGGUGACACGGUGAAGCAAGGUCAGCCACCCCCACGUCAAUGUGAGGACAGUAUCAAGGCCUGGUUCUCGUGAAAUGAGAGGCCAAAAGAGGUGGGGAGGUGCGAAGGAGAACAAGGCACGGUGAUGUGCAUGGAUAACUGUGCGAGCUGUAAUUAAUAUGGAGGGCAGGCGAAGGAGAUAAGGAAAUCUCAUCCCAGCAAAGCUCAUGAGUCAAGCAGGAUUUGGGGAAUUUCACAACAUCUCCGUUGGUGUGUGUGGUGUUUACUCUGACCUCUCCUCAGGCAGCCUUAAUUGCUGCCUGAUGAACCAAACCCAACAGCAUUAACAGACCUGCUAAUUACCACGGAAUGGAGAGGAACUCCUCCACAACAUAUAAAGGAGAACUUCCAUCACCCCCGGCAGAGGAGCUGAGGAUCCUUCGCUCUCGUUUCUCCUCCUGCUUUGCCACCUUCCCCGCUGCUCUCUCGUCCUAACACUCUGCAGGCAGCACGAUGAGCUGGCGCUUCUCCCAGUUUGGGGAUGGCAAUUUCAGUUCUUCUUCUGCUCACUGUGGCACGCUUGGUGCUGGGAGAAGCUCAGGUACCGUGAGCCAUUGUGAAGACAAUAGAGGACAAGGAAGAUACCGUGGUUACGGGUAUGGUUACAGCAGCAGGAGUCUCCACAACCUUGGUGGCUUUAGGAAUGUUUUUACCAGCGGAGGCUACGGAGGAGAAGGAAGAGGAGAUGGGAUGUGCCUGGGGUUUGGUGGUAGGGGACAUCUGGAUAGGGGCUUUGGUAGAACAAGGUAUUUUGUGAGAGCUUCUCAAGGGGGUGAAGCACAGCUUGGCAGCACAUAUGGAAGAGUUGCAGGCAGGGAGGUGCUUGGUGGAAGCACCUUUGGUGAAGGAGGGGCUGGACAGGGCUUGGGGCAGGCUGGUGUUACCAGAGGCAUUGAGGAGGUCCAUGUCAACACCAACCUGCUGAGGCCAAUAGAAGUACAAGUGGACCCUGAGUUCCAGAGAGUGAGAUUGGAUGAGAAAGAGCAGAUUAAGGAUCUCAACAACAAAUUUGCAUCAUUCAUCGAUAAGGUCCAGUGUCUCGAGCGACAGAACCAGGCUCUGAUCGCCAAAUGGGAACUGCUGCAGCAGCAAAGUGUCCGACCAGAAGAGAGCAGAAACAUCACCUCCUUCUUCCAGUCUUACAUUAGCAACCUGCAGAGGCAGCUGGAAACGCUCCAGAGCCAGCGGGAGCAGCUGGAUCCGGAAGCUUACAAUAUGCUUCAGCUUGUGGAGGAUUAUAAAAAGAGAUUUGAAGAUGAGAUCAACAAGCGUGCGUCCAAAGAAGAGGAGUUCGUGGAGCUUAAAAAGGAACUGGACAGUGCUUACAUGGGAAAAAUGGAAUUUGACAUUCGGGUGGAAAUCCUGAAGCAGGAGCUUGAGUUCCUCAGAUGCUUGCAUGAAGCUGAGCUGUCCCAGCUGCAAACAGUAGUUGGCAACACCAAUGUCGUUCUGUCCAUGGACAACAGUAGAGAACUGAACAUGGACGGCAUCAUUGAAGAAGUCAGGCAGGAGUAUGAGACAAUUGCUCAGAGGAGCAAAGCUGAAGUAGAUGCCAUGUACCGGGGCAGGUACCAGGACCUGCAGAACAUGUGGGUAAAUCAACGUGAGCAGCUGAGCAGCAGUUAUAAGGAAAUCCAGGAACUCAUCAGGCAGAUCCAAAGGCUUCAACCAGAAAUAGAAAUUGCAAGGAAAAGGAGCACCAGCCUCCAAGAGAGCAUCAAAGAUGCUGAGAUGCGCGGGAGCAGUGCUGUCAGGGAUGGCCAGGAGAAGCUCCAGGAGCUGGAAAACGCCCUGCAGCAGGCCAACAACGACCUCGCUCAUCUUCUUCAUGAUUAUCAGGAGCUGCUGAACGCAAAGUUGGCCUUGGAUAUUGAAAUCGCCAUGUACCGAUCACUCCUUGAGGAGGAGGAGACCAGGUAGGUAGGAGCUAUCCAUCCUGGAGAGAAGCACCAACACCAAGCAGAGAGUCCCAUUCUUUGACCUAUCACUUGGAUCUCCAGAAUUAAUUGCUCUAUCGUUCACUGGCUCAUUGAUAGAGCCUACCCUGACUUGGUCUUUUAUUGAGUGCAUUGUCUCAAUGUCACUUUUCCUUCACAGGAUACAGGAAGGGUCUCC